AUGCAGAGCGAUGACACCCACAACCGCACAGCGAACGACCAAUGCGGUCGAAUGGAAGGGGAUAGCGGCAGUGGCGAUGGCGGCCCCUACGACCGUGACGCCGCACGCGACGCGUCUGAGCCGCGCGCGUGGGCCGCACAGUCGACAGACGACGCCGCAGCAGCUCGCAUCGCGACACUCUUCAACGAGUUCAUGGAGGUCGGUUUGAUUUCAUUCUUGAGCUCGAUUCAGACGUGGUAG